CUCAAGCCGUUAUAAUUACCCCUGUAUAAUCAAGGCUCAAAUGACAACUGGCACGCGGAAUAUCAAAGAUAGUGAAAGUUAUUAGCCGUCCCAGCAGCCUUUGCGAAAGGAACGCUGACAUUCUGAAGGUCGUCUGCCGUCGGGGGAACGAGAACUCCAACUAGUUUGAAAAUUAACACACGGGUUGAAUAAGCCCUUGGACUAGGGACCAUAUAUUUUUCUUGAAAAAUAAACACUUUAAUUGUUGGAUUUUACCGGAAAAGAGAAAAUGGCACACAAGUUCAUGAGAGGAGCAGGCACAGAAGCCGAUCAAAAGUACAAGAUGCCUACUCCGGAAGGGUUAAAACCUGAAAUUAAAGACAACAGCGAUGGCUCUAUCAAUGUCUCAUACCAACCUAAAAUUCAGGGCAGACACGAGGUUCAGAUGUGCUACGAAGGAGCUGCAGUAGACGGUAGUCCUUUUCAGUGUUUAGUGGACAGUAUAGGUGAUGGAUUUGUUUCUGUAUACGGUACAGGCCUUGUUGGUGGGAUGUCAGGAGAAACGGAGAGCUUUACAGUCGUAUCGAAAUCAGGGACACAAAACGAUGUCCAGGUCACCAUUGACGGACCAGCACGAACAGAGGUCACUCGCAAUGUUUCAGGAGCCCAUGCGACCUUUAGCUACCUUCCCAUGACAUCAGGUGCUUACAACAUCAACAUAUCAUACAAGGGCAAGCCCAUUAAAGGAUCUCCCUUCCAGGCUAAAGUAUCAGGAGAGGGAAGAAAGCGCUCACAGAUGUCCAUUGCCAACUGCAGUGACUAUGCAUUAAAUGUAGUUGAACCAGAAAUAGUUGAUCUUUUUGGUGCUUUGAAGAAACCUUCUGGAGCAAUUGAACCAUGCAUUCUAAAGAAAAUGGGAGAAGGUGGACAUCUGGGGAUAUGCUCAUUUGCUCCUAAAGAGAUGGGCAAAUACAUGGCUAGCAUAAGCCGUGCCGACGAGAAACCUAUCAAAGGAAGCCCUUUCACCAUCAACGUCGGAGAUAAAGAAAUUGCUCAUGCUGCAAAGGUCCACUUAACUGGUCAAACGACUAGCGCCCAGGCAAACACAGAAAAUACUUUUACCAUAGAUACAACUGGAGCAGGUUAUGGUGGAGUCAGCGUAGUGGUUGAAGGACCGCACAGAUCUGAACUUGAAUAUGAGGAGUUGGAACCAAGGAAGUACAAGGUCAUGUACAGUCCCCACGAGCCUGGCAUAUAUAUCCUUAAUGUCAGAUUUGCUGACGAGCACGUAACAGGAAGCCCCUUCUUGUUGAACGUAGCAGGUGAGCCAUCUGGGCGUAAACGUGAAACAGUUUCCCGUGAGAUGGAACAGGCCGAAGCUGUCCAACCCAACACGAGAUGCGAAUUCCUUCUGAAAAUCCCAGGAACCAACCCAUUUGAUAUGGAAGCGUCCAUAACUGACCCCGAUGGACAGACAGAAUUAUGCGAAGUUAUGGAUGAAGAUGAUUUCCACUACAGAAUCAACUUUACUCCUAAAUAUAAUGGCAUUCACAUUCUUAGUAUUAAACACAAGGCUAUGCAUAUAUCUGGAAGUCCAUUCCAGUAUACCAUUGGUCAACUGAAGGUUGGAGGAGCUUAUAAGGUGCAAGUAGGUGGUCCAGGUCUAGAAAAGGGAGAGGCUGGACAAGAAAAUCACUUCAACAUUUAUACACGUGAAGCCGGUGCUGGUUCAUUGAGUGUUGGUAUUGAGGGUCCAGGAACUGCCAAGAUUAAGAUUGAAGAACGUCCUCACGGAUUUCUUGGAGUAUCUUAUAAUGUUGACAAACCAGGCAUGUACGGUAUCCACGUCAAAUUCAAUGACGAACACAUCCCCGACUCUCCGUUCCGUGUAAAUGUAAGCCCCGACGGCGGCUCAGCUAGACAAGUAACUGUCCACGCCCUCAAAGAUAGAGGUUUGUCGAUUGAUAAACCGGCAACAUUCACUGUAUCUUUCAACGGGGCCUCUGGUCAACUCCACUCAUAUUGCCGCUCGCCAUCUGGUGGCCAUGAAGACUGUUUUGUUCAGGAGAUGGACACUGGACUUUAUGCUAUCAGAUUUGUUCCUAAGGAAAAUGGAGUUCACUAUAUUGAUGUAAAACUUAAUGAUACUCAUGUGCCUGACAGUCCUUUCGCAGUAAUGGUUGGUUCCGUAGCUGCCGAUCCGGCUAUGGUCCACGCUCAUGGUGAUGGUCUUGAAAACGGAAAAUGCAAUGCAAAGGCUAAGUUUACAGUUCGAACAGCUGGGUCUGGAUCUGGCUUCUUGGCUUGCUUCAUUGACGGUCCUUCAAAGGUCGCACUCAGCUGUAAAGAGGUUGAUGAGGGUUACGAAUUCAGUUAUACGCCAUUUGCAGCGGGAAAAUAUCUUAUAACACUUAAAUAUGGAAAUAUUGGUAUCGCCGGAAGUCCCUACCAAGCAGUUGUAACAGGAACUGGACGUAAAGCAUCACCUAUUCUUGAACAAUCUUCCAUGGUUGUUGAGACAGUAGAAAAGAAACCAGGAUCAAAAGUAUCUAAAAGAUUCCGUGGUGAUGCCAGCAAGGUGGUUGCCAGAGGACCUGGUAUCAAGAAGGCUUUCUUAAACAGAGUCCAGAAUCUUACAUUAGAUGUAAAGGAAGCAGGUAAUGCCAUGCUGAGCGUCGGAAUGAUGACGCCAUCUGGAAACCCAGAAGCGGAACUCUCCGUAAAGAAGGCGUCAAACACAUCAUAUACAAUAUCUUAUAACUGCAAGGAACCCGGAGAACAUACUCUUCAAAUUAAAUGGGGAGAUGAGGACAUUCCCGGAAGCCCUUUUAGUCUUCAUGCAUAGAUAAACAUUGCCUUAUUUAUCCUAGGCUAAUCGUGUGAUAUAAAUUAUAUCAGUUCACAAGAAACCUGUGUUCCAUUCCCCAACCCAUUUAUGUUGUAGAAACCGUAUGAUUCUAAUCAACAAAACGGUCAACGGUAUGUAAUAGAAAUUGGUCAAUACCAUGUCACAGAAAUUUGCCAUCGAUAUGAUUGGAGAAAAUGCCUUAUGGAGGGGUAAACAAUCGGUAUAAACGAUUAAAAGAUAUACUUGCUUAGUUUCGCAGCGGACUUUGAAAGAAAAGAACUGUAACCAGUGUGUAUUGCCGUGAGACAUUUAGUCCAAGAGACAAACAUUCAAGGAAAAGAAAGUUGUUUAAAUUAAUUGUACUAAUUAAUUAGAAUAUAUUUUAUUAUUGUUGUAAAUGCAAUUUAACACACAGAACUUGGAAAUAUACUACCGGUUACUUAUAAUAUCAUAUUAUGUAUGAAAACAGAACAGAAAUGCUACGUCCUUAAUUUGCGUUUUAGUACUUUUGAGCGUUUUAGUACUUUUGAAACAAAUAAUACGUUUUAGUACCUUUGAAACAAAUAAUAUAUAUGUAAAUAUUGAGUGAUUGUAUCUAAUCAUAUGAUUUGUAACAAAAAUCAGAGAAAAUGAAAAAAAAAUCUACAGAACUUGAUAUUUAUUGAGAACUUGAGUUUUUCUAGAUGGCCAUUUCUUUUGAAUUUUAAUUUUCAGAGAUGUUUUAUGUGGAAAGCAAUAAUUAUUGUGCAAUAUAUUUAUUGUAUUCAUUGUAUUAUGAAAGUCUAUAACCUUUUUUGUGUGAAAUACAGAAUAUUUUUAACUAUAGUAAUAUUUUUAAACUUGGUAGAAAUUAUAAUUUUACAUGUAACAAAACUGGAAAUUUUGUUCGUGCUGCCACCAGUUAAUCUGAAACAAACGACAGACACUUUGUGCAUGGAGUGAUAAAAUGUCUAGGAUUGUUUAGGAAAAUAAAACAUCAAAAACAAA